AUGCACACUCCUCCGUGCCGUGGUGACCUGUGGGGCCUGUCCACCGUGGUGCUCUCCUUCCUGGACUGGCCCCUGCGCCGCGCGCUGCCCGGACUGGCCUGCCUCUCCCAGGCGCGCCCCUGCAAGCCCGGCAGCCACGCAUACGACGAGAAGAUUGCCGCGGAGAUCUGGGACGUGUCCGCCGAGUACGCGGGGCUGCCCAAGGCGCCCCAGAUCUGA